CAGCACAACAUUUCUCAAUUCAGCCCAUUGGAAAAAUAUGCGACACAUGUUUUAUAUAUAUAUACAAAAAGGGCUACCCUUGAUUCUUUCCAUUGUACAUGAAUUCAAUUAUUUUUUUUUAACACGUUAUAAAAAAAAACUUGUAGUAAACAAUGGUCACUCCUGCUGUCAAGCAUAACAUUAUCAAGAAGCGUACUGCUACCUUCAAGCGUCAUCAAUCUAACCGCUUCAUGCGUGUUGGUGAAUCUUGGAGAAAGCCCAAGGGUAUUGAUUGUAACAUGCGUAGACGUUUCAAGGGUCAAGCCCCCAUGCCCAAGAUCGGUUAUGGUUCCGCCAAGAAGACUCGUAACAUCUUGCCCAACGGUUUCCGCAAGUUCGUUGUCUCUAACGUCCGUGAACUCAACCUCUUGUUGAUGCACAACCGUUCUUAUGCUGCUGAAAUCGCUCACAACGUCUCUUCCAAGAAGCGUGUCUCCAUCCUUGAACGUGCUGCUCAACUUAACGUCAAGGUCACCAACGCUGGUGCUCGUCUCAGAUCUCAAGAGUAAAUAUUUUUUUUUUUUUUUUUUUUUGUGCAUAAUAUAUUUGAACUCUUGCUUUAAAAAAAA